GGCCGGUGUGCCGGCGCGGCGGCAAUGUGUCGGAGGUGGCCGCGCCGUGCCGGCUGAUGGAGCGCUGCUGCCGGAUCUGACCGGACCCCGGCGGAGCGGAGCGGGUCGUCGGCCAACCCAGUGACCAGUGAGAGAGGCGACGGCAGCGGCCGACCUGUGCUGCAGUGGAAUGAGUGUGCGCCUGUGAACGACGCCGAGCGCGGCCGACAGAUCACACGUGAAACGAUGGCCGGCCUGACCCAGACCGACGACUACAGCGACUACGCCUACAAUGGAGACUACGAGUACGACGGAGGGAGUCUCGCUGCCAGCGACGCCACCGGCUCGGGCGCUGGUUCGGUGCGUUACCGCCAGGUGGUGCUGGAGCGCCGCUCCCCCAACGAAGGGUUCGGAUUCACCCUGCGACACUUCAUCGCCUAUCCGGAGGACGGCGAGGUGGAGGUAGAGCCGCCCGGGUUCCAGGAGACCAUAUUCGUCAGCAACGUGGCGCCCGGCGGGCCGGCGUACCACGCCGGUCUUCAGAUUGGUGACCGUGUGGUGGACGUGAACGGCCUGCCGACCUGGGACCUCAGCUACGCCGACGUCGUCUACCAGGUGCAGCUGAGCGGGCUGCGGCUGGUGCUGAAGGUGCAGUCCAGGGACGAUGACGAGAUACAGCGGAAUUGGAGCGAGUUUGCGCACCACCCGGCGUCCAACCUGAACAUCAUGAAGCCGUUCUCGCAUCUGCCGCGGCCGCCGCCGUACCGGCCGGCCGGCGGCACGCCGCUGCCGCUGGGCGCGCUCAGCCAGGCGGCCGUAGCCGUGGCCACGCCGCACCUCACCUCGGACGACAGCGCCAGCCUGAACGGCGAGCGGUCCGGCUCGUCCCGCCGUCCGUCCACCCUCUCCAUGCCGUCGCUGCAGAUGCCGCCCUCGAUGAGCGGUAGCGCGGCCAGCGGUCUGGGCAGCGAGCACGCCGACACCAGCGACCCGGUCGUGUCGCGCAUCCUCAAGGACGUGGAGACGAAGCAGCAGUUCCUGCGGCAGCCGGCGCAGCAGUGGCCGGCCGCCCAGCCGCAGACGCCCGUCGUCCGCGAGUACCACGUCAACCCGGCCCGCUUCCCGCGCCCGCCGUGGCCCCCCGAGGCGUCGGCGGCGCCGGCCGGCGGCGCGCCCCGGCUGCGGCCGGCCGGCGAGCAGGAGCGGCGCCGGCGCUGGCAGCGCGGCGAGCCGGCCACGGCGCCGGCGGGCCGCGCCGGCCAGCCGCCCGUGUUCCCGGCGCCGCGCGGCACCUCGCUCUCGGUCAGCUCGAGCACGGACAGCCUGAGCUCGCUGCCGGCGGGCGUGCCCAACGCCACGGCGCGGCCCUACUCGGGCCCCGAGUCGGCCUCCUCCUCCUCGGGCGCGCCCGAGUACGUCCAGUACGACGCCGUGACCCAGGUGCCCCGCGCCAAGGUGCCGCCGCCCGACCACCGCACGCACAUCGUCUCCAAGCGCGCCCGGCAGUUCGAGACAGGCUGCGUCGACAACGACACCUUCUCUGGACCUAGUGGCUACCGGAGUGAGCUGAGCCUGAUCGCCGAGCCCGGCAAGCGCGCCAGCGUGCGCCGGCGCCGAGACGAGUUCGAGCGCGACCCGGACGCCUCUGAUUACGGACACCGGCUGCAGAGCGUCAUGUCCGACCCGGAGCUGGACGUUACGUGCAGUGGCGUGCAGCGGCGGCCGACCGGCGCGCCCGAGCCGCGUCAGCGCUACCGGCGCUCCUUCAGCUGCGACGGCGACCGCUUCGUCUCCAGCCUGGAGAUUCUGCUCAAGACGUCGGGAGCCGAGGAGGCGCCGCGCCGCCCGCCCCGCAGCGGCAUCGGCAACCGAAUGGUGAUCGUCGGCGGGCCGCGACUGCACGCCGAGCCUCUCAACGAGGGGCCCUACCGGGCGGACGGUCCGCAGAAGAAGGCGGUGCGCCGUCGGCCGGAGCCGGAGCCGGCCGAGUCGGCGGCCCCCAGCAGCUGGCCCUUCUGCGCCGUGGACGCCGCCGGACGGCCGCUCUCCAAAAUCUCCGAGGCCGAGCAGGAGGCCUCGCCGGAGAACGAGAGGAAACGCAACAGCGCAGAGAUCAUCGCCGGAAAGGUCGAGGAGAAGAAGCACAAGGAGUCGAUGGCGGCCGCGCUGCGGAGUCGAACCCAGCACCGCGCGCUCCGGCAGCCCUCCUACAUGGCGGCCGUGCAGACGCCCACGCCCGAGGCCCGGCCCAGCCCGCCAGUGGUGGCGGAUGGUGCCGCCGCCGCCGGCCCGGCGCCGCUGCCGAGUCCCGGCGACGGGCCGCGGCCGCGGCGUCCCGACUACCUGCCGCUGACUGCGUGCCACCGCGCCGAGGCCGCCCCCGCCCCCGCCCCCGCCGCCGCCGACACCGCCCCCGCCGCUGCCGACGUCGCCGACACCGCCGACACGGAGGACAGUGUGCUCGCUGGAGACCCAGACACCAAGUCGCCGCCGAUCCGGAGCGCAGCCAUCUCCCCGCCGCUGGAGCCGGGCAAGACCAGCACGCCCAACGCGCUGGCCAACGCCGCCCGGCGACAAAAACCGUUCGCGGCCGGCGGCGAGGAUGACCCGGACCGGGCCGUGCGGCGCAUCUCCUACAUAAAGGCCACCGCCGGCGACGGUCUGUUCCACACGGGAGGAAAGGAGGACCGUAAGCCCGGCAAGCUUUCUCUGAGCUUCCAACCCGAUAGGAAGGCCAGCGAACUGCCCCCAAAGGGACGCAUCCAAAAGCUCCGAAACUUCUUCGAGGAGAAAGCCCAAAACCAGUUGAAGCGCCUGGAGCGGUCGGCGUCGACACGCGGUCUGAAGCCGUCGUCUCCGACGUGGCCCAGCUCGCCGCCGGCGUCGGGUCCGGCGGCCGACGCGACGCGCGAGGGCUGGCUGCGCGUCAAGCUGGCCAUGGUGGACGGAAAGCGCGCGCCGGACCGCUCGUGGCGCGAACUGUGGGCGGUGCUGCGCGGCGAUGCACUCUCCUUCUACCGCGACCGCAAGGAGGUCAACCAGACGCCGUCCUCGCUGGAGGAGCAGCCGGUGAACGUUGCGCUCUGUCAGCUGGACACGGCCGAGGACUACACGCGCCGCAAGAACGUGUUCCGCCUACAGACGCACACGAUGUCCGAGUACCUGCUGCAGACGGAGCACGUGCUGGAGCGGGAGCGGUGGCUGGAGGCGCUGCGGCCCAUCUGCCAGCUGGUCCAGCACGAGGACAGCUCGCGGUCGGUGAACGACUCGACCCUGCUGAGUCCCUCGUCUGUGAUCCGAGCCAAACUGACCAACCGGCAGCGGUCGCCCACCGGGCUGGCGCCCCACCCCAAACCGCGCAAACAGAGCCAAACGACCGAACAGAUGAGCGACUCGCCAAAGUCCAAGUCAUGGCGUGGCCGUAUGAAGCGGCAGAUUAUGAAGAUCCACCCGAGCUCUGCGCAGAUGCCGCCGGCCACGGCUGCCCCGGAUGGCGCCACCCUCAGCGUGCCACUGGAGCAGUGUCCACCGAGCGAGUCGAACCCGUUCGUGCCACGGAUCGUGGAGCUGUGCACUGGGCUGGUCGAGAAGCGCGGCCUCGACUCGGAGGGCAUCUACCGCGUGCCGGGAAACAACGCUGCUAUCAAGAGCCUGUCGGCGGCCGUCAACCGCGGCAUCUACGAAGUGGACCUGCAGGCUGACCCGCGCUGGACAGACGUCAACGUGAUCUCGUCGCUGCUGAAGCUGUUCCUGCGCCAGCUACCCGACUCGCUGGUCACCAGCGAGCUCUACCCCAAGUUCAUCGACACCAGCAAGAUCGAGGACCCCGAGCGGCGGCGGCAUCUCCUCAGGGAGCUGGUGAACCGGCUGCCCGACCACAACUACGAGACGCUCAAACACCUGCUGCGGCACCUGCGGCGCGUCACCGACCCGGCCAAUAACAACAAGAUGGACCUGAAGAACCUGGCCAUCGUGUUCGGGCCGACGCUGGUGCGCUCGUCGGACGACAGCACGACGGCGCUGGUCACCGACAUGUCGCAGCAGUGCGGCAUCGUCAAGACGCUCAUCAGUGAGCUGGACUACUACUUCCCGCCGGAGGAGGCGGACGAGACUGGCGACGACCAGCCGCCGCCGCUGCCGGAGAGCUCGCCGCCUCUGUCGGCCGAGAUCCUGGACGGACCGGCGCGCCACGCGCCGCCCCUCUUCAGCACCGCGCAUCGGCUCGACAACGGCCACCACAAGGAGCUAGUGAGCAGUAUCAUAUCGGCCGCCAGCCGGAAGGUGCAGCAGCAGGACAGCCGCUCGGAGCGCGACGAGACCGGCUCCGAGGUGUCGGCGGCGCCGUCCCUCGUCGGGCGACCCUCCGAGUGCAACAACAACCAGCUAAAGCCGGCACCUUCGUCCUUGUACGGAGCUGGCGCAGCUGAGACCGCCCCCGCCGCCGCCGCCGCCGGCGGGCCCGCCCACCGCGUGCACGUCAUUCCCAUACGGCUGGUGGAGGAGGCGCCCGCCGCCGCCGCCGCCCCCGCCCCGGCGGCAGCGGUACCCGGCUCUGCGCUGAGCGCCGCCCGUCAGCGACUCAGCUCGGAGUCGGCGUCGGCGCCGUCUCUGCCGGUGACCGAACCCGCCGUCCAGGACGACACGGCCAUUCGCAGCUACGCCGGCCUCUCGGAGACCACACAGGAGCGGAUACGACGGUUCGAGGAGGAGACGCGAGCCAUGCUGCAGAGGGACAAGCUGCGGGAGCGUGAGGCGCGCGACCUGGACCUGCAGCGGCAGCGGAUAGAGCGCGAGUGGGCGCGCGCAAAACAGGACCUGGAGCACCCGGACUUCCUCGACGAGCUGGCCGACAACCCGGCAGUGGUGGCGCGGCGGAUUGCCGAGCUGUCCACCAAGCUGCCGGGCCUGACUCCGUCUGCGGCCAUCACGGCUGCCGCCGCCGCCGCCGACUCUGCCGACCGGGACGAGCGGCUGUCUCUGGCCUCCGAGAGCGCCGAGCGGCGGCCGCCGUCCGCCUGGGACACGGUCAGCUCCGGCUACUCGACCAUGUCGUCGGCCGGCACGGGGCCGCGGCCGAGCCGGGCGCGCGCCGACUCUCUGCCGCUGCGGCCCGCCGCGCCGCCGGCCGCCCCGCCGGCGCCGCCUGCCUCCGCCGAGAGCGGCGCGGCGCCCCGCGAGCCGCGGCGCGCCUCCGAGUCGGGCGAGCGGUCCCGGUGGCUGGCGGCCAGCGGCCGGCUGUACCGGUCACCGCGGCCGGCGCGGCGGCGCGGCUCGGCGGAGGACCUGACCGCCUCGCAGACCAGGAAGGUGGAGCUGAAGCGCUCCGAGAUGGCCCUGAAGGCGCGGCCGGCGGCGCACCGCGGCGGCUCCACGUCCAGAGACGAGAGCUCCUCGGCUGACGAGAGUGCCGCCGUGUCCCCGGCGCCUGUCGUCUCGGCCGGCCCGCCGCCACCGACGCCGGCGGCCGACGCGGCCGACGCCGACCCGCUGGCCGCCCACGAGAGCUGCGACAUGGUGGCCUCGCUGGUGCAGACGCUCGACCAGAAGCUGCAGGCGCUCGGCGGCCGGACGGCGCCCAGUGAACAGCGCGCGGCGCGCAGCAAUGAUAUGUACCGCGACCCGAGCCUGCACCGCAGCUACAGCGCUAGCAGCCAGCUCCAGAUGAUGAACGGUUCGGCUGGCGGCGAGCGGUCGGCGCCGGCCGCACCCACUGUCCGCUCCGCGCCUCGCCCGGCGCCCGCCGAGCUCACCAAGAAGACCAUGAAGCGCUCCAUCCGCCAGCUAUGCGACCAGUUCGAGCAGCGCGAGACGCCGCGCUCUGCGCGCGCCGCUCCCGGCUCGCCGCGCGCGCUCAAGCGCCGCCACACGGUCGGCGGCUCCAAGGACAUUGACAAGGUGGUGCGUCUGGUGCUGGCGGCCAGCCGCGCCGGUCCGCCGGGUCCGCCCCGGCCGGCCGUGCGGCCCGCCUCCUGUCUGGUGGAGCUCGACCUGCUGCCGCUGCAGCCGGUGCCGCUCGAGUCGCGCGUUUGAACGGCGCCCGCCCGCCGCGCGGCGCCCAGUCGCUCAUUAAGCAUAUCACAAACAUACACACACAUACACACGCUAUGGGGCCGGGUCGGUACGUGAUAGCCCGCGGCGCCGGCCGGGCCGGGCCGGGCCGGGGCGCGGCGCCGUGCCCAGUGUCAGUCAGUCUUUCGUUACGUGUAUGCCGUGUCUGUGGGGUAAAUAAUUGGUAUGGAGCGGCGCGUCGCCGUCCCGGGCAUCGGCCCACAUCAUCUCAUCAUGCUAGGUUUUGUACAUUGCUAGUGUUAAUCGUCCGUCAAAUAAAGGAUUUUAUACAGAAGGUGCAAAAAAA